AUGAGCGCGGACUAUCAUCACGUGGUUGAUGACUGCGACGAGGCAAGGGUUGCGUGGACACGGUUGAAGACUCUCUACGGCGGAUCGCAGAAGACUGGACGGAUCUUCUUGAAGCGGCAGCUAUUCAGCAUGGAGAUGGCGGAAGGCGGCAAUGUAAUGCAUCAUUGCAAUGAAGUUCUCAACAUCAGCGCCAAGAUGGAGGAUGAGGACGUGGCGAUCUGCUUGAUGUGCAGCCUCCCCAAGAGCUACAAGAAUGUCGUGUUAAACUUGGAGAUGAGCAGCGCGGAACUGCGGACGCAAGACGUCGUGAAAGUGCUGACGAAUGAGCACAUCAAGAGACAAGGAGAAAAGACGACAUCGGUGAAAACUGAAGAAGCGACCAAGGCCUUCAGUACCGAGCGUGAAGUUCGUCAGUGUACGUUCUGCGGAAAAUUGGGGCACACGGUGGAAAAGUGCUGGACCAAGCAGAAGGAAGACAAUCGGGGAGCUCGACGCGGCGGCAAUGCUCGUGGACGCGGAGCGAAUCAAGUUCAGUGGCAAGGCUACAACGGCAACAGCAUCUGUGACUAUGAUCGAGUGGCGUUUGCUGUUUCGCUGGAAUGCGGACUUUCAACGACCAAGAGCAUGUCUGGAAUGUGGGCGAUUGAUAGCGGUGCAACACAUCACAUCUGCCAUGACAAGUCCAAGUUCGAAUUUCUGGACGAGCGCAAUGAAGGCGAAGUGUUGGUUGCAGAUGGGAGCAAGGCUGCGAUCAACGGUGUCGGGACAAUCAUCGAAAAGGUGGUCCUGUCCAAUGGUGAAGAGCGCGAAGUCUAG